UGCUGGCUUAUACUAACAGGAAGUAUAUAAAAAGAACGCUUUCUUUCAGUGGGUGGCCUGCACUCAUCGAACCGUUCCUGCCCGCUGUCUCGUCAGUGAGCCAGAGAAUCCGUCCCCCAACUACACUGAGACCACAGCCGACGCAGACUAUCUCGGUUCAGGAUGAUGGCUAGCCAUAAUCAAACUGCAGCUUCCUCGGUGCAGUCGCCGUUCACCUUGAGCGAGGUGCCAAAGGUAUACGACGAAGUCCACAAGCACACCCGUCAAUCCACAGCGGAGCUGCUGAAGACGUGGCAGGCGUCGUUCUUCACGUGUGCCGAGGAAAAGGAUGCAAGCGACCAUCAGUACCUGGAGGUCGGCUGUGGACCAGGCAACUUCACGCGCAACCACCUGUUUCCCACGUUCCCUCCGACGCUGAAGAGGCUCGUGUCUACCGACAACUCAGAGGCCAUGCUGAAUUACGCGAAGCUAGUCCAUGACCAUCCGAAGAUUGAUCGCCGGCUGUUGGACAUCACCGUUGAUGAAGAAGUGUCGCGGUUCAUCGACGAGGAAGGUCGUUUUCAGCGGGUCUACUCUUUCCUCGCACUUCACUGGAUAGAGGACAAGUGUGCUGCACUGAAGAACAUCGAGCGUCUGAUGACACCUGGUGGCGAGUGCCUCGUCAUAUACAAAGCUUGCCCGGGACCAGGAGAGCCGCUGUACCGCGCUCUGCUGGAGAGUGAAUCGUGGGCGAAAUACCAUGAUGUUAUACGUCGCACGAUGCCCGUACUACCUGAGCCUUGCAGCCCUGUUGCGUUGCGAAACGGGCUCCUCAACCUCGUCAAGCAAACGGGGCUCGUUCCACUGACGUGUGAGCUGCUGAAAAGCCCUCUCGGAGGUGCGACCAUCGAUGAAGCGGCGCCAUGUCCCCACGAUUUCUGCGCGUACAUGCAAGUGACGCCCGCUGGAAAGGAAAAGUGUGGCCAAACGAUCGUGUGA